AUGACAGUGACCAACGAAGAAUGCAAAGGCAAGGGCAAGAAUUCGGAUCGUGGCAAAGGCGAACAGAAAGGCGAGAUGAUCAGGAUCGCCGGCCUACGCAAUGCCGCGAUCAUGAAGAUGAUCGAAGUCGCGACAGAGAAUGGAAUCGCGAUCGCCGCCCUGAUCGCCGUCGGCAGCAAGAUGCUGAUGAACAAAGGGUCACCGUGGGAAGCCGAUAGCCGGCCCCAGGCAGCAGAGGACAGCCUCCCACAAGACCUUCCACGAGGCCCGCCCCAGUCGACGGCUCAAACAGCCAGACAAUGGGAGCGCUGGCAGUCGCUUCGCGACAAUCUCAGAAAGCUGAGGCAGAACGGUGCUACGGAGCACAUUGAAUCGUUCUUCGGCAGAGGCCACUACACCAAGAAGCAUGAUGACUUUCACAAAGCUGUGAAAUUGCCAUCCUACGGGAACUGGAACUGGGCAUCUUUUGCCUACCUGCUCUGUGGAGAGCUCCACGGCAAUCCGGAAACUUCAAAGGAGGGCUCGUACGGAGCAGCCGUUGAGGGCUGGGUGGGAACAGUCCACGAGGAAGAGGACCCCGAAUUCCGAGCCAUGUUCAACUGGAUCGUUGAGUCCAUGGAUGCUUGGGUUGAUCUCCUAGGUGAGAUCCCCAGCCAAAUGCAUGACAUUAUGGGCUGGAAAAUUACGGAACCAGAAGUGGAUCGGCUUCUACACCACUUCUACCCGGGAGCCAAGCACCAGAAUGCGGCCCCUUCCUCCUCCUCGCAUCAAGACAAGGAAGCGCCGCAUCCGGCCCCUACACAGGAUGCUGACUAUCAGGAAGAGGAAGAAGACUACUACUAUGAGGACGAAGAGGAUUACGACGAGGACGAUGAGGAGGAAGAAGAAGAUCAGUACUGGGAGAGAGAAGAGGAAGCUCCGGACAGCUCCCACAAUGAUGACAUCAAGGAUGAGCAGAACCCGGAAAGUCUGGAAGCCCUUGGCAUCGAUGAGGAGGUGCCGACUACUUCGGCCCUCAAUGCUGACUCUGCACACACCAGUGCAGACAGCACGCUGACCGAAGAGCCAGAGGGGAGCCUGAAACAGGCCCCCACCUUCACUCCGUACUCCUUCCCAUUCCCACCGACAAAACUCCGUCGUGACCGUGAUGAAACCCUUUCGAAAAGGUUAAGCAAGGUCCUCCGACACGACAAAGGCCAAUUCGGCCUUACUUUCCACAAGAAUGCCACGGCACCCCUGGAGGCGAUCACCAAGUUGGAUAUAUUCGACCAGGUUCGUGCGACUAAGGAAGAACUCCUGGCAGUGGUCUACUGGAACAAAAAACAAAGGUUCCGCAUCCUCUGGGCUCGGGACCGAGACAACACCCACAUUGUGGUUGGAGCAGUACAGGGCCACAGCCGUCAAGUGUUUUACAAGAAGAUCUUUCAAGAAGGGCUUCACCCUGGCGGUGGUGGAGGGAGCUCCUGGAGGCAGCAACUUCACCUGCUGCCCGACGAGAGGAGCAGCGAAAAGUACUUCCCCACACGUACAGACAUCGUGCUCCAUGUGAAGCCGAGCUCGGCCACAGAAUGUGUAUACUAUCGCUCUCAGAAUGGAUACUACCUCACGUCUGACCCUAUCGCUCCAAAAUACAUUCAGGCUGUGACGAUUCGCGAGAGCGGAGAAAGGGUUGAGUCCACGGAUGACUCCCCUCCACUCCCAUCCGUGGUGCUGCAGGCCUACCUACGGCCACAAUUAGGACAGGCUGGUCGACAAGCGGCCCCGGACAAUUCGAAGUCUACGCAUGUGCGAGCAUACAUGCUGCAUCCCUUUCUUUCUGCAAAUUACCAGGUAACCCACCAAUAUGCAAUGACCAUGUCCUUUUGUGCCCUGCAGAACUUGGCUGGUGGCCCUACCCCCAAGCUCGACAUUCAGGCGGGCCUUCUAGUGGUUGGGACUCGCUUAGGUGCACUUCUGCCUGUGAUCUGGAUGCCCAUAUCAGCUGCAGUGGAUCAGAAGGGGAACUUGCCUAACACAUCACCGGGGCCCCCAUCAGUCAGUACCGCUCAUCACAACAUGUCGUCGGACUCGGACUUCUCGGAGGCACUAGACGAAGAAUUCCCGGAUGUUGAUUGUGACAGCGAUGAUCUCCUGGAUGAGACCACUCCAUCGGGAGCGAUUCAGGCAGUGCCGUCUGACCCACCUUAUCAGCCGGUAUUCCCGGGCACUCCUGUGCACAGCGUCUUGGCGCUGGUCAAGAGGUCCACACCUGAGCAAAAGGUGGAGGACAACUCUGCCCCAAGCCAAGUGGAGCCGACGAGCCGGCCACAGAGGGCAGCGCAACCCAGUCAAGUGGAGGGAAACCGCAAGAGAAAACGGAAGCCGACACAGCGGCCUGACAUACCGGAUCCACCCGACGGAGACUCAGAACAGGAAGAGCGUGGGUCAAACAACUGGUGGACUGAUGCAUGGAUCAUCUGGCUUCCAAAGCCGGGUAAGGAAAAGUUGUACGCAGUCAUUCGGCCCCAGCUGCAGUGGGUCCCGCAAUAUGCGUACCAGCCCAACCGUGAUAUCCUUGAUGCACUGGCCCGUGAAGACGAUGGAACCCAAAAAGACCUGUGUGUUGGAGGAGCCAUCCUCAGCCUUGAUCUCAAACAGGCAUUUGACCGUGUUGAACGACACGCGUUGGCCUCCUCCCUCAAGAGGUUAUGGAAGCGCUAG